AUGCCGCGCUUCCAUAUUCUAUGCAUAUGUCUUCCCUUCGCUUGGAGUGGUCGAAUCCAGAGUCGCAUGCACCAGAUCAUCCAGAGCUUUGCUGAACCAACAUUUGCAUGCCGAAAAGGGAUGCACUUGAAGUUGAACAAAAGCUGGUCCGACCAUCAUGUUGUGAAUCCGUAUUCCGAAGUUGAUGAAGAGCAGCACUUUGUGUUGCCGUUCGGUCUGAACCCCUUGGGCUCCCACAGUGGCCCAUGCAACGAACUUGUCUUUGGCCCUCCAAUAUUCGAUUCAGAUUAUGGGGAAGAGAUUUGGGAUUCUUACUAUCUCGAACCUGUAGGAUAUCUGGACGGCUCGAUCGAGGUACGCUGCAUGCACACUGGCCCAAGUGGUGAUGCAAGCCUUCAGGUGACUCAGUACUCCUGCCGUGAACAUCUCCCAUUCUCUACCAUUUGGUCGCAUGAUCCGAAGCCACCUGGGCAGAGGAUGCAGCAAAAGAUGCAGUGGGGAACCCAAAAGACUCAGUACGAAUAUGCAGCAUUUACCUGCGGUGACCCUUUUGACCAUCAUGGUCCUGACUUGUUACACAGUAGGGCAGCACGAGAGUUGCCCGUACAAGUGCAUACUCUUAGUGAAGCUUUGGGUGCCUGCGAAGAUGACAUGCAGUGUUCUGCGGUGGCGGUGCACCCAGAAGAAAAGACAUACCAUGUCCUGGACAAAUUUGUUUGCAGUCUUACUUCUGAUGCAUUAAGCACAACCUUCAAUGUUGGGGACAGCGUCAAGCUGUCCCUAAUCGCCCGGGGUUUUCGCGGUACGCCUCUCGACGGCAAAGGAGAUGGUGAAGCCAUGGGCUCCACAGACUCCACGGACAGCCGUGAGAGCCAGAUAGGAAGUGUUCUUGAGAAAUGGAGCCUAGACUCUCCCGGCACACACGUCCUUGUGCAGUUCGAGCACGGAGCCGAGUGGAUUCUGCCUGAGCACUUGGAGCACGUGGGACACGAGGAGUCCCGGACGUCCUGGACUCUAGUCAGAAAAAUUCGGGCUCGCAAAGUGGUGUGUAACGACAUGCAACCAGAGACGAGUUGCGACGUGUACAGCGCACAGGAUGCUGAAGUUCUUCUACAGGGCAUCUCGCUCAAUCCAGCCGACUGCCAGCAAGCAUGCUCAGCCCGUAUGCAAAGUUCGUUUCUUCUGAACGGCUGCUGCGUUCUGGCAGCGGAACCCGGACUCUGUGCUCUGACGAAAGGUGAACACUUCAAGACCAGUGAGCUUGAUGAUGAUCACCCUGCAGAGUUGGCUAGCUCUUGCAAGCAAUUGCCGUGCUCUCUGGAUCCGUCCUGCUCUUUCGGUGCUGGUGACUUCCGCGUGCGCACGGACACGAGUGCUGGCGGAACUGCCGGAACUGCCGAGACUACAUUGUACUUCGAUUUUGCCCACCCAUUGUCGAUGCCUUUCUUUUUUGAUGUUGAGACCUUGAAGAUCUUUCACUUUACUUCGAAGGACAGGCGCGCCCUGACAGCAAGGCGUGCGAGCAGACUUGUACAUGCCGUUGGAUCGGUCACCACAACAACUUCAAAUGCACGCCGGGUCAAUCUGAGUCUUGAGACAACCCACAUGGAGGGCGUCCAAACCAUACAUGACCAGUUGCUUCUUGUUUGUGAUGCUUUUGGACAGAAGCUGGGUCGGGUUUUGAAGCCUCCCAACUUGAAAGAAGCAUUGGCAUCUGGCGAAUGUGAUGAGCCACAUGAGGCUUUUGAGACCUGUUUGGUUCAAGUCGGUUGUGGAAUAUUGGGCGAUUUUCAACCGUUUGCCCCGCCUUGGUUUGCUCAGCUACCGUUUGACCUCGUGGCUUGGCAGGCUCCGGCUGCAUUUUGCUGUGGAACGCCAUACACCGUUGAUCAACGUAAGGACUCAUGGAUGAAGAGCUUGAUGGACUCGGCUGGCAUUCGUGAAGUUUCCAUUUCAGACGUGAAAGAUUCGAAAGCACAUCAGAGCAUGCAAGCAUCAUUGGAAACGGGCUCUAUGGCCCUUAAGAAGAUGCUUGCGCAUCAUAUUGCCGAUGAAGAAAUGUUGAGCUGGCUUGGCCAGCUAGUGAAGGUGGCCUUACAGGAGUUCAAAAAGAUCCUCAUCGACUUCAAAGAGACCAUCGAUUCCGAAGCAGCUCCAGAACUCGAAAUUUCCUCAGAUGGAACAUCCUUUCUCCAAGUGCAUGAGGAUGGUGAUCAAAGAACCCCCUCUGGACGCCGGGGUACGGAGGUCGCCCGAUGGUCUCCAGAAAAAGGGGCCUUCCUUCAGGUGGACCCCAAGAACACCACCGCGCUAAAAAAGACUUGGAACUUCGUGGCAGCCAUUCCUGGAGCUGUCUUCAACUAUGGCUUGCGUCCGCUUUGGAACUUUAUAGCCAUGCCGUUGCUCAAAUGGGGAGUGUCCUUAAUGAAGUGGAUCUUGGAACACCCUCGGGCAGCUUUGUUCAUUUCCAAGUUUGCGCUGGCCGUCCGCAACCGAAUGUGUGAAAAGGCUUCCUGGUACAUGUACGGAAACCCCACGGAGUCUUCGGUGGGCGCCUUUUCCAAAGUAUCGGGAGCCUUGAGCGAGUUCAGGAACUACACCAAGCAGAUGUUCACGCCGGCUGUGAUGCUAUCAAUGCUGCAGGAUGUUGUGGGUUCUUCUACUUUUGUGGACACUGUCGCGGACCUCGGCAAGGCAAGCUACUCUCUCGUACUGGCCUGGACCGGCUUUGCAACUGGAGGAGCUGCCAUGGCUUUGCUGUCCAGUUUUUCCUCAUUGUUAGCCGAGGCCAGUGUGGAAGCAGGAAGACGCGCCCUGGAAAUGGUGAUCUACCAAGAAGUUGCAAAAGAGAUUCCGUCGAACCUCUUCGACAUGCUCACUACAAAGUGCCUGCAUAAGCGUGAGAAGACAACCGUUACAUGGACAGCAACCAAAGACGAGAUCCUGGAAGCAGGACAAAGCGCUGUGGAGGAAGUGACCAAGAACUUUGUGGAAGCAGGGCAGGGACUUGCAGGCCUGUCAAUGUUGAAGAGUCAGUACGCUUACCAGAUGGAGCCGUGCUGGCACUCGCUGCGCCGUGUGCAGGGAGGCAUGCGGGAUGCGGGAAUGCCGGUCGAAGCUCUUAAUGUUCGCGUGAAGCACACUCAGCACAGCAUGAACCAGCAUUCUGACAGUGAGCUUCUCGCUAGUUUUCUCACCUUCUCAGUCUUGUGUUUCCGUGCGUCUCCUGUUGAUGGCGUCAAGGAACAAGAUAUGUCCACAAGCUGCUGCCUCGUUGAGGAUGGCAUCUCAUCGAGGAGCGCGGCGUUGCGUGGAUGGACAGCAAGGGUGGACAUGCAAAAGAGCAUCUUUUGCAAAAGCCUGCAUGAGUGCUUCAUGACUGCUGCUGUGCCUGACAGCAGCGCUGUCGGACCCUACAUGUUGCAGCCUUUGACGGUCACACCGUUGGCAAGGCAUCUCUGCGUCGAGGCAGUCAGCCGCACCGCUUCCUCGAAGGCAGCUGAGGUCAACACUGAUCUGUCACGACGCGAUGCCGAACGUGCAGCAAUGGAGCUAGCCGAUGCAGAAUCGGCUGUCAUGUCUUUGUUCCAAAAGGUUCGCCUUGCCGCAGCGAGAAACAAGACUAUGGAGGUAGUAACGUCAAGGCUGCACCUCUUCUUGCAGAAGGCGAAGUCCACAGCCCAAGGCGGAAAUGCGACAAGUUCCUUCGGGCUGUUGGAGUACUGGGAGCAGCAUUCCAAGGACGUGCGCUCCCAGCUCGAGGGCGCACCGCAAGAUCAGGCACGUCCAGACACAAUACCCGCGCGAGGUUCCCACUUGCACGAGGUCAAGGAGAACUUGCCUCCUCCAGCCGCAGCGGCAUGCCUUUCAGAUGAAGUCGAUGUGUGCGAGGAGGAAACCCGGCGAUCCCAAGCUCGAAUUGACUCUAUGCUCCGGUCGGUAGCAGAGUUGCAGCGGCAGCGCGGGGAGCGGAUGCAGGAGGUUAGCGAUCUUCGCCAGAAACUUUCUGUACUGCGCGCGGCUGCAAGCAUCACGACUUCUGCACGACAAAUGAGUGCAGUGCAGUGCCGACUUCGACGGAUCCAAGACAUCAUUGCAAAGAUGGCCAGCAGCGCAUUGAACGAGAUUCAGCACAUCGAAGCCUGGACAAGCUUGGUGGAGGAAACUCGCAGUCAAGUUGCUGCAGGUCUGAUGACAGAGGACCCUACGAUCAGGUCGCCCGAGGAGGUCUAUGCAGUGCUCCAGGAUCUACAACAACAGUUCCGACCUGGUCAGGCAGAAGAGUGUGGCUCUAGUCUGCCUGGGGCACAGUCUUUGUGGUGGCUAGCUGCAAACAUGGCAGCAAUAGCGGCCUACGUCCAGGUUGAACUGGCUGAGCUCGGACCUGCCGGUGAAGUGGACAAAAGGAGAGAAUUCUAUGCCCUUGCUGACAGCCGCUUCGCAAAGGAGCUAAGGUAUCAUGAUGAUUGGGGCGAUGGCCUGUGA